AAGGGAGCGAUGGCGUGUUGGUUUUAAGGCCCGCAGGGCAAGUGGAAGGAAAAGCCCCGAGCUACCUCUCCCCUGUCCGUGCGUGCGCGAAAGAACAGUGCUCGAGAGAGAGAGAGAGAGGAGGGAGGGAGAAGUCCAUCCUUGUACUGAUUCGUUCGUUUGGAGCGCAUCUCUCUCUCCCUGCCCAUCACUUUGCUCGCUCUUCGCUGGUGACACAAUUCGGGAAACCUUUUCUUUGGGCCCUGUUUCCUCUCUUCUUCUCAGUUCUCCCUCCUCAACGAAUCCGCCUCUCCGCAAUGGCUGUUCAUGCUCGGUACCCAUCCAACGUUCUGCCUCUAAACCGAAGCAAGCGGGAGAGGGAGGUCGUGGAGUGUUCCCAAGCGCCCACUGGGUUCCCGGAUCAAUCCGCCGUGUUCUUCUCCAAUGGAGCUUGUGGGAAUCCACGGAAGCGAGGAAGGGAAGCGGCGCCCAUUCCAAUGGCCAGCCCGGCGCAGGGGAACACCAUCGAUGUCCUCUCGCUACGACCACCACCUGCUGCGUCUCUCCCCCCCCUAACGGUGAUAAGCCUCGCCCAGCUCCGAGCCCCUCCUCCUCCCCUUGUCUCCACCGGCCUCCGUGUCGCCUUUGAAGACCAGCAACAGUACCAGAAACUCUACCCAUUCAAUCCCCAGCUUUCCUCCUCGCUCUUCUCCCCUGUUCUCUCCCACGACCUCGCUCCCCAACUCAACCAACACCAGCAGGAGUUCGACCGUUUCCUCCGCGCCCAGGAAGCGCAGCUCCGCCGGACGCUGGCGGAGAAGAGGCGUAGGCACUGUGUGGCUUUGCUGUGCGCAGCGGAGGCGGCGGUGGCUCGGACACUGAAGGAGAAAGAGGCUGAGGUGGACCGGGCGGUCAGGCGGGGGACUGAGCUCGAGGGGCAGCUUGCCCGCCUCAAGGCGGAGUCUUUGGCAUGGCAGGCCAAGGCCAUGGCCAACCAGGCGGCCGCCUUCGGCCUCCAAGCCCAGCUCCAGAAGGCCCAGGCCGCCGCCACUGCCGCUGCGGCCGACGAGAGGGAGAGGGUGUGCCGCGACGCGCCGGCCCAGGACGCCGAGUCGGCCCACGUCGACCCCCACCGGGCACCUCCGGUGCCGUGCCGGUCGUGCAGGGAGGCGCCGGCGUCGGUGGUGGUUCUCCCCUGCCGCCACCUCUGCCUCUGCCGCGACUGCGACUCCACCACCGCAGGCGGCGGCGUCGUCCAGUCCUGCCCUGUCUGCGAGUGCGCCACCACCGGAAUCCUCCACGUCGUCUUCUCCUGAAGAGUAAAAAAAAAAAAACGCUUCUGCGGCCCCUCAUCAUCGCCUCACACAACCCAUCACCAGCCGUACAAACUUGCAGACAAAAAAUAAUAGAAAAAUAGAAAUUUAGGAUAGACCAGACCGUAGUAACAGCGAAGAUACUGAAGCAGACCACUGUUUUGGCUUUUUUGUUAAAUUAUUUUAUUUUUUUUGUUGAGAGUACAGAAUAAUUGGCACUUAUUUUGGUCAAA